AUGCCUCGAAAGUCAAGGGCCGCUGCCCAGGCCGCUGCGGAAUUAAUUAAAAAUGUUCCUGUCCUGCCUGAGGGUUCCGAUGAAGAAAUGCUCGAUGCACCUCCAUCUCAUGAAUCUUCGCCCGUAGCUGAAUCCCACCAUUCAUCCGAACACGACCCAGACUCCGAAUCCAUGGCUCAACCAGAAGCUGCAGAUGAAUCUCAGCCUCAAUCUGAGUCUGAGACCAAAGUGGAGGCUGAAGCUGGAAUGGAAGGCGAGGCGACAACGAACCCCGCAACGGAUGCGGGAGAAAAAGAGGAUGGAGAAGGAACACCAGCUACCCCCAAGGUGGAGGAUGACACCAGCGUCGCAACUCCCGCGGAGGACUCCAUUCUCACUGAAGCAGCUCCUACCCCCACACAUGGUCCUGGUCGCCCCGGUAUUUACCCUCGUGGAAAGCGCCGAAUCGGUCGUCCUCCAAAGAACCCUCGCCCCAUUGAAUACGAGGCAGACGGUGAAACACCAAUUCGAGUGACCACACCUGCCAAACGUCGCCGUGGUCGUCCUGCCGCCAGUGGAGGACGCUGGGCUCGCAACCGCGGUCCUUCUCAUCUCACUCAAGUACCCAUUGAUAAAGAAGGAAACAUGAUGGAUGUCAUCAACGACGAGGUCUCAAUCCCACCGGACCCAAUUGGCGCCACAAAGGUCGAUGAGAAUGGCCACCUCCAAGGAGGACGUGAAUACCGUGUUCGCACUUUUAAGAUCCUUGGCCGUGGAGAUCGCCUCUACAUGUUGUCCACAGAGCCGGCCCGUUGCAUUGGUUUCCGUGACUCCUACCUCUUCUUCCAGAAGCACAAGAUGCUGUACAAGAUCAUCAUUGAUGACGAUGCCAAGCGUGAUCUAAUUGAACGUGACCUCAUCCCACAUUCCUAUAAGGGUAGAGCCAUCGGUGUGGUCACUGCGCGCUCUGUCUUCCGCGAGUUCGGCUCGAAGAUCAUCGUUGGCGGCAAGAAAAUUACUGAUGACUAUGACGAAGCCGCUGCGCGUGAGCGAGGUGAUGUUGAAGGCGAUCUUUCUGUCCCCGAAGACAGAAUCCCUGGUCCUGGAGAAGUCUAUAAUCGCAACCAGUAUGUCGCAUGGCAUGGUGCCAGCAGUGUGUACCACAACAACGCGCCUUCAGUCCCACUUGCUGGCGGAAAGCCUGUCGAUGGCAAGAAGCGUCGCGCACCCGUUACCGAUGAUAACUGGAUGCUCGAGCAUGCCCGUGCUGCCAGCAACUUUAACCACAAGAUUGCUGACAUGCGCCGCGCCAACCUAAACGGUGUUUACGACGUGCACACCAACAUCAUGCAAUUCCCCAAGAUCAUGCAGCCAACCCACGCCCGCUGGGAGCGCGUACCCCCCAACCCAGAGGCUGCGAUCGCCAGUGGCCUCACGACCGACAUGAACUCACUGAACAUCGACAACAAGGGGUCUCCUUCGGAUGAAGCCAAUACCAAGGCUACCCCUGAGCCCACAGAAUCCAAGGAAGCUACCAACGGUGAAAUUGCCACUGUUGAAACCACCGAACCCCCGACCACCAUCUUCCCUCCUGUUUCCGCCCAAAUCUACAACCGAUACGUUGUCCAAGAUAUCGUUUACGAAUCCCCGCAGUACUCGAACAUGGGCGUUCCGGGACCUGACGGCGAUGUGCACGACAUCGGUCCCAAUGGCAUGGUCAGCGUUGCCGACCCUGCACACCCUGAAUUCAUGACCCCCGAGAUCCUCGAGCUGCUCCCACCUGAGUGUAAGGAUGCGCUCGCCGAAUCUUGCGCUCGCGAAGUCGAGUGGAAGUCCAAAUGGCGCACUGAGACACAGGAUGGCGAGCGUGUCCAGCCCACCAAGAGCUACGCUUGGUACCCUUGA